AUGGCUGAAGCACAAUUAACAAAUCAGUUGAGUCGUAUUGGAGCUUUGACAAAUGUUGAGUUACGUGCAGAAUUGAAACGUCGCGGGUGUAGUUCAACUGGAAAUAAAAAAGAUCUUUUGGCAAGAUUACGUGCAGCUAUGCAAAAAGAGUUUGACCAACAAGUACUUGACACAGCGUCAACAACAUCAACAAUUGGUGAUUCAGCAAGUGAAAGAAGUGUAGAUGAACGAAUAUCGAACAACGACACAGAAUUAAAUGCAUCUUCAUUUAUGACACCUACUGCAUUAAGUCCACAAAUACAAAAUGAACAACAACAGCAAACAAAUAAUACAGAGGAAAAUCCUCUAACUUAUUCGAACUUAAUGAUACACGAUCAAGCCAAUCCCCAAUAUCCCGCCUAUGAUUUAUCAAGCAAUCAACAUCCGCAACCUAACACGGACAAUGUUCUUGACCUUUCAUCGUCAUCGUCUCAUAAUACACGGCGUAAACGGCCAAAUUCCACACCGGGUAUAACGUCGAAUACUCCUGAAAGAAAACGUACUCGUACAAGAGAAAAAAAAAAUUCUGUUGACGCACCAGCCAUUGAUUUUGAAAAGGAACAACAAGAAACAUCUGCACUUACAGCCGAGAAAGAAGAACCUAUAAGUGUAUCACCAACGGUUGAAGAACCUCCGAAUGUACAAGACAACCAACCACAAGCACCAACAAAUGUUGGUUAUAAUAUUGAAGAAGUAAAUGCUGAUCAGAAUAAUGUACACCAUGAAGUUCGACAACAACAGGACGAAGAUAAUUUAUCAAAUGUACCGGUUAUCGAUUUAGCUCCAGAUGAUAUUGACGAUGAUGAUGAUUUAACAAAAAUUGAUGGUGAUAGAUCUCGUUCGCCGUCAACAUCCUCUCGAAAACGUAAGUCUCCAUCUGUAACAAGUUCCGUUAAAUCCGAAUCUGUCAUUAAUGAAAUGCCAUUAUCUGGUGAACGACAUCGUCUUAGUCGUUCAAAAUCACCUAAAUCACGAUGGAGACACUCGCCUUCACCAUCGCAACCAAAUCAGUCUCAACAUCAACAACAAUCAAAAAAUAUUGAUGAAGAACAGGAGGAGGAAGAAAAUAUUAACGACAAUUCAAUUAUAACAACAGAUGAAAGUAAAGAUAAUCCAGUCAGUCAACACAGUGAAAACGUUUCAAAGUCAAGUGAAAAUCAAGAGCAACAGGUGACAUUGUUCGCUGAAGAAAUGAGUGAAUUAGUUGGUCAAAAAGAGUAG